CUUUCAUGCAGCUAUGGGAACACCUCUUGGUCCUGUUAGAAUAAAUCUCGGAGAUAAGAUCAAGGACCAAUUUGUUGUGAAGAGAAAAAUCGGCGAAGGAGCUUGCGGACAAGUUUACCUGGUGAAUAUCGUCGACCAAAAUGGAAAGAUCAGAGGAAAGGCUGCAAUGAAAGUGGAACCAUUAAUGAAGAGCAAAGAUGACGAAAUUCUUAAAAUGGAAAUAUUCGUGUUGAAGAAAAUUCAAAACUCCCAUCACGUUUGCCGAUGUCUUGCUUCUGGAAAAAUGGAUUCCUACACUUUUCUUGUGAUGAGUCUGCUGGGGAAGGAGCUUUCAGAUAUCAGAAGGCGCCUACCAAAUAGGAAGAUUAGUGUACCGUCAACUCUGAGAAUAUCAAUUCAAGUCGUUAGGGGUUUGCAAGACAUACAUGAAGCUGGAUUUAUACAUAGGGAUGUAAAGCCAAGUAAUCUAGCUAUGGGCCUUUACAAUACGCAGGUGGUAUAUGUCUUUGAUUUCGGCCUCGCUCGACAGAUCUUACUUCCUGAUGCCACUGGGAGGCUAAAGUUGCGCGAACCAAGGGUGAAGGUGAUGUUUCGCGGAACGGUACGUUACUGCUCGCUAAAUGUCCACCAACACAAGGAACAGGGACGUCAUGAUGAUCUAUAUGGCGGAUUGUACUCUAUGAUAGAGUGCGUAACAGGUGCUCUCCCAUGGAGAGGAAUGGUGAGAAAAGAGGCAGCCAAAGUCAAAGAGAAUACAACGGACGCUGUUCUUUGCAAGGCAUGUCCUCCUUCCUUCUUAGAAUGGGCAAUGACGUUGCGAAAGUUGACUUACCGCGAUAUACCCCCAUACAAACUUUUUAUGGAAAAGUUGAGGCAGGAUCUACCUCCAAAAAUCAAGAUGACAGACCCUUACGAGUGGAACAAACCCGGUGAGAAAGUCAUAGAGAAAGAAGGCGGUGGUGUGAAAAGCGAUCGCGCAGAAGCUGACAAGGACAAUGCCGCUGAUAGGAAAACAUUGGACGAAGUGGAUGAAAGCGUUGUUACAGAAGAGAAAGGCUCUAGUAUGGCGAGCGUGGACACUGAAGAGUAUGCUAAAGAAGAUACAUUAGAAGGAAUUUGAGAUUAAAAGUUUAUGAUGU